AUGACACUCAACACCCAGCAAGAAGCAAAGACUUCCCUCCAGAGGCGAGCCAGCACCCCACUGCCACUGUCCUCCCGGGGUCACCGGCCUGCCCUCCUGAGCCCCAGGCCUUCCACGAAGUCCCAGCAUCCCCGGCUGGGUCAAUCCGUUUCUCUCAAUCCUCCUGCCCGGCAACCCUCUCCAGCCCCCAACAGCUGGUCCUCUGAAUCCAGUGACUCGGAAGGCUCCUGGGAAGCCCUCUACCGCGUGGUGCUGCUUGGAGAUCCGGGGGUCGGGAAGACCAGCCUGGCUAGCCUCUUUGCAGGAAAGCAAGACAGGGAGCUCCAGGAACAGCUGGGAGAAGACGUGUACGAGAGGACCCUCACAGUGGAUGGAGAGGACACCACGCUGGUGGUCAUGGACACCUGGGAGGCUGAAAAACUGGAUGAAAGCUGGAACCAAGAGUCGUGCCUGCAGAUGGGCAGCGCAUACAUCAUCGUCUACUCCAUUGCAGACAGAGGCAGUUUCGAGAGCGCCUCUGAGCUCCGCAUUCAGCUCCGGCGCACACAUCAGGCUGACCACGUGCCAAUCAUCCUGGUGGGCAACAAGGCAGACCUGGCACGCUGCCGAGAAGUUUCCAUGGAAGAGGGUCGCGCGUGCGCGGUGGUGUUCGACUGCAAGUUCAUCGAGACAUCGGCCACGCUGCAGCACAACGUGUCUGAGCUCUUCGAGGGCGUCGUGCGCCAACUGCGCUUGCGCCGCCCGGACAGCUCUCCCAGGGAGCCACCAAGUCCCCGAAGACGCGCCAGUCUCGGCCAGCGCGCUCGCCGCUUCCUGGCACGUUUGACAGCCCGCAGCGCCCGCCGCCAGGCCCUCAAGGCUCGCUCCAAGUCCUGCCACAACCUGGCGGUGCUUUGA